AUGGGUCGCUUAGCCGAAAUGCAGCGCAAGCUGCUCGAGCAAAUGAUGGGCCCCGAGGCCAUGGGCGUCGCGGACGCGAACAUCACCUGGACGGACGAGAAGGUGUGCCGGAACUUCCUGUGCGGAACGUGCCCGCACACGCUGUUCACCAAUACGAAAAUGGACCUGGGAGCUUGUCCCAAAUCACACACGGAGCGGUUGAAGACCGAGUUCGACGCAGCGCGUGCGAAGGACCCGAACGAUCCCAUAUUCCAGAAGUUCCAGACUGAGUACGAGAACAACAUCUUCAGCUUCGUGGACGAGUGCGACCGCCGGAUCCGCACCGCCCAACGCAGGCUGGAGAAGACACCCGAGGAGAACGCCAAGACGACCAAUUUGAUGCGCGAGAUAGCGGAGAUUGAGUUGGCCAUUCAAGGUGGCACGGAGAAGAUCGAGACGCUCGGUGAGCAGGGUAAAGUCGACGAGAGCAUGCGCGAGAUGCAGGCUAUAGAGGCGCUCAAGAACGAGAAGGGAGAGAAGGAGCGCGAGCUGCAACAGCUGACCGAAACCAGCGGUGCAAGCGGACACCAGAAACUGCGCGUGUGCGACGUUUGUGGCGCGUAUUUGUCCGUACUCGACUCGGACCGGCGUCUGGCGGAUCACUUCGGUGGAAAGAUGCAUCUCGGAUACCACGAGCUGCGCAACAUGCUCGUCAAGUUCAAGGAGGAGCGGCAGAAGAAGCAAUCAUCCGGCGGCGGUGGCGGUGGAGGUGGCGACGGCGGCGCACCACGGGGCGGCGGGGGUGACUACCGCGACCGGGACCGGGGUUACGGCGAUCGGGGAUACGGGUCCCGAUCUGCAUACGACAACCGAAGAGGCGGGGAUAGGGAAAGGUCGAGGUCGCCGAGCAGGAGGCGGUACUAG